CAUAAAUACAUACGUACAUUUUAUUUCAUUGUUUCCAUCAUUUCCAUCUCCAUUAUAUAUCAUUAAGUAUAACUACACAUUAUAUAUAAAUAAAUACAUACAUACACAUCUGUCUUGGCUCUUGUGUAUGAAUAUGUGUUUGUGAUUUGUGUGUACACAGACCAAUUCAAGAAAUGAACUCAAAUGAUGUCUCUGUUUGGAAAAGAAGAAGAUCUAAAGAGAUCUUGACUGAUGAUGAAAAAUCACAUAUCGCAACAAAUAACAAGAAAAACAGAACCAAGAUCAAGAACAAAAAGUUUGUGAAUAAUAAGAAAAACAUCACCCAAAAAGAAUACCCUUUAUUGAGAUUUGAAGAAUUACCAGACUAUAUGAAGGAUAAUGAGUUUAUAUUGAAUUAUUACAGAAGUGAUUGGCCUUUGAAACAAGCCUUUUUAAGUCUUUUUCAUUGGCACAAUGAAACCUUAAAUGUUUGGACGCAUUUAAUUGGAUUUGUUGUAUUCGUGGGAUUGACCAUUACAAAUUUGAUGCAUGUGCCUCAAGUUUCAGAGUUCCUUAAUUUAUUAACUUGGUCUUUCCCGUUAACCCCACGCGGAAAUGCAUCACAUGAUUCGAUUAUGGGUACACCAAAACUUAUUGAUCUAAAGCAUGAAUCACCGUUAGAGAUGGAGUUUGGACCACCACUAACGAUGGCAACACGAUGGCCAUUCUUUGUGUUCUUAGGUGGCUCAAUGUUCUGCCUUCUCUCUAGCAGCACGUGCCACCUCUUCGGCUGUCACUCGCAUCAUCUAAACCUUCUACUCCUGCAAAUGGAUUAUGUUGGUAUAACAAUUAUGAUCAUAACCUCAUUCUUCCCACCAAUCUACUACAUUUUCCAAUGUGAACCCUUAUGGCAAUUUGUAUAUCUUGGUGGGAUUACAUCUAUGGGUGUUUUUACUGUAGUAACUUUACUAGCACCAGCUAUGUCUAGUGGAAAGUUCCGUUCAUUUCGUGCUUUUCUUUUUAUGGGAAUGGGCCUCUUUGGGACUGUGCCUGCUAUUCAUGCUGUCAUGGUUAACUGGUAUGAACCUCAAAGGAAUGGGAUUUUAGCCUAUGAAAUUGCAAUGGCGGUUUCAUACUUAACCGGUACUAUGUUUUAUAUCACAAGAAUCCCGGAAAGAUGGAAGCCUGGUUGGUUUGAUCUGGCUGGUCAUAGCCACCAAAUCUUUCACUGCUUUGUGAUCAUGGGUGCAUUGGCUCAUUAUGGUGCUGCAGUUGUGUUCCUUGAGUAUCGAGACCGGGUUGGUUGCUAGUAAUAUAAAAUUGUUGUUUAGGGCCUAUUCGUUUAAUAUUUUGGGGUUUUAGGUGCCCAUUUAUAUGAAGCUGUAGAAUGAAAAUGUGGUUGUGAGUCCUAUUUGUUGUGAAAGUGGGUCCAAUUAUUUUUUCUUCAAUUCUUUUGACACAAAUUUGUUGCUGAUAUACUUAUGGUCAAAUUGUUGUAUAAGUUAAAAACUCAAAAGUUGUAGCGAAAUUGAUGAAUACAUUGUUAUACUAGUGUCGAUUAUGUUUGGAUGGUUA